UUCCAAUCAACCUCUGCUGCGUCUAUGUAUUGCUUGUAUAUGACAAGCUAUGUUAUGAUUAAGCCCAAUUUUGACGUUCAAAGCUAGAGGACCUAUGAAAUGACGAUACAAUUCACCGUUUGAUGCCGGUGUUGGAAUUCCUAUGGCCCCAACAAACCCUCUGGCUGACUGGGAGAGGGUGGGAGACCGAUUCUACAGGAAGGUCCGAGUGUACGAUGCUGUCUUUGACGAGGAGCUUGAGUUGGAAAACUUCAUUGUCGCUGGAGCUCCAUAUGGGGGAGCUAUAGCUCUUUAUCGCGAUGAAAGCAAACUCCAGAGAUACAGAGAUGCGGAGACAGCGAAGUCAUCUAUCGAUAUUUAUUCUUGCUCUGGCAAACGAAUCAGUCGGAUUAAUUGGGAACAUGGAUCAAUCCGAGGCCUGGGUUGGUUGGACGAUGAGAGGUUACUUGUAGUAACCCAAGAUGGCACCGUGCGGUGUUAUUAUGGCUUACAUGCGGACUUUACGCCAUUUUCUCUAGGAACUGUGGCAGAGGAACAUGGUGUGAAAUCCUGCCGUUUUUGGUCGGACGGUUUCGUUGCUCUCUUAAAUAACAAUCAGCUCAUUGCUGUCUCGAGCUAUGAUGAACCGCGGCCUAAAUUACUUGCAUCUCCUCCCGAAGGCGACGUAUCUUCAUGGUCAUUGAUUCCACCCAAUUACACGCUCUCACGCUCUGUCGAAGUCCUCCUUGCAGUUGACCAAACGAUCUACGUUGUAGACGCGACAGAGGCUGAAGACCGCAUGUUACAGAACGGUCCAUUUAAACAUGUUAGCGUAUCUCCCAAUGGGCGAUUUGUCGCCUUGUAUACCAACGAUGGCAAAGUCUGGGUUGUAAGCAGCGACUUCCAAAACAAACUUAGCGAAUAUCAUUCCGGGACCAGAACACCUCCAAACAACGUGGUGUGGUGUGGCAAUGAUUCCGUUGUCCUCUCUUGGGAGGACGAAGUCCAUAUGGUUGGCCCUAAUGGGGCUGCGGCGAGAUAUUUUUACGACGGCCGCGUUCAUAUCAUUCCGGAUUUUGACGGUGUGAGAUUGCUCACCAAUGACGCAUGUGAAUUUAUUCACAAGGUCCCCGAUGCUACGGAAGAAGUAUUCAGGCUGGGCUCGACUUCUCCCGCUUCAAUUCUCCUUGAUUCGGUUGGACUACUCGAGAAGAAAUCCCCGAAAGCUGAUGAGAACAUUCAGCACAUCCGUGGUAACCUUCUCGAAGCCGUCGACACCUGUGUAAAGGCAGCAGGCCACGAAUUUAAUACAUAUUGGCAAAAACAGCUCCUAAAGGCAGCAUCAUUUGGAAAGUCGGUUAUUGAUGUUUACAAUAGUGACGACUUUGUGGAUAUGUGUGAACGUCUGCGAGUGCUGAAUGCAGUACGCGACUAUCGGAUCGGUAUCCCUAUUUCGUACGAACAAUAUCUCCGCCUGACUCCGGAGAAGUUGAUUGAACGAUUGACCCACCGGCACGAGUAUCUGCUUGCAAUCCGCGUUUCCGAAUAUCUCCGCCUCCCGACGGAUAAAAUUUAUGUCCACUGGGCUAGCCAAAAGGUCAAGACUUCCGCGGAAGAUGACGACACCAUUUGCGAUAUGGUUGUAGAAAAACUUCAGGGAAAGCGAGGGAUAUCGUUUGAAACGAUAGCACAAUCUGCCUAUGAUGAAGGUCGUGGGCAUCUGGCCACUCAGCUACUUAAUUUCGAGCCACGAGCAGGAAGGCAGGUGCCGCUCCUUUUGAAUAUGGAAGAAGAUAACCUUGCGUUGGACAAAGCCAUAGAAAGUGGCGACACGGACCUAAUAUAUUUUGUCCUAUUGCAGCUUAAACGGAAACUUCCCCUGGCAACAUUUUUCCGAACGAUCAAUACUCGCCCUGUUGCAUCCGCCCUCGUGGAGGCAUCUGCCCGAUCUCAAGAUGUGGAGUUACUCAAAGAUUUGUAUUAUCAGGAUGAUCGUUCAGUUGAUGGUUCAAACCUACUUUUGAGAGAUGCGCUGGCUCAAUCAGACCCACAAGCUAUUGGAGACAAGCUACGAUUAGCAUCUAGAUUGUUGGUGGACUCCAAAGAUGCGAGCGUGCAAUCACAUCAGAAAUCAUUGGCGGAAGCUGCGCAACUCUUGAAAAUUCAAGAUGGACUAGAUAAGGAUAUUGCGGACGGCAGUACUGAAUUUGUUGGUCUGAGCAUAAACGAAACUAUGUACAGAUUAAUAAAAUCUGGAUAUGGAAAACGUGCGAACAAAAUACAAAGUGAAUUCAAGGUACCGGAGAAGGCUUUUUGGUGGGUGAGAUUGAGGGCUUUGGUAGCCAAACGAGAUUGGGGAGAGCUUGAGGAGCUUGCGAAACCCAAGAAAUCUCCGAUUGGAUGGGAGCCAUUUUACGAUGAAAUUCUAAGCGCCGGAAAUACCAAACUCGCAUCAAUUUUCAUUCCGAAGUGCACCAAUCUGCCAGUCAGCGAGAGAAUCGAGAUGUGGGUGAAGUGCGGGAUGGUGGUUAAGGCUGGAGAGGAGGCACUUAAGGCCAAGGACGUUGACAGCCUGGAAGUGCUCAGAGGGAAAGCAUCCGGUCUUGCCGUGGGUGAAAUUGACCGAAUGAUCAACCAAUUAAGGCCAAGGAAAUAGAAAAAUCCCCCAACCCUCUGGCAAAUGCGGUAGUUUUUCUUCUGUCUUCUUUUAGUUCCGUUCGUUCGGGAUGUCAGAUACCACAGUAUAUAGAGCCAGCCCUCUUUAGGUGAUUUCUCCAUCUUCUUCGAAUUCAAACUUUUGGGCAGGCGCUGCCUGUUGUAAAGGCUUAGAAAUCGCUUUAUGUGUAGAUGUCCCUUUUGAUGCACCAUCUUCGUCCAUAACCUCAGCGUUGUCCUCAUCCCCACCCCCUGAGACCAGCUUGCCAAGUGCAGCAAGGGCCUUACGAUUCAUCUCCUCCCACGUCGCCUAUUUCUCUAUUAGCUUUAUUAUCCAUAUAAACGAAAGGGAAAGUAAAAAAAGUCCAGCAAAAAAAGAUAUCACUGGCAAAAGCAAAGAAAGGAAAAAAUAAUAUCCUCACCCUUCGCUCUUUCACAACCCUCCCUUUACCAAGACUUUUGGCUAUUUUCUUUUCAGUUUUAUCCAUGACGAAUUCUGCACGUUCCAUUCCCUUCUCUUGCCGCCUCCGCUGGGCACGAGUCAGCUGCUUGGAUUUGGACUUCUUUGUAAUACCGGCAUUAUGCUGCGCGGAUAGGACAUGUGGCUUGAAUGUCGGGAUUGGCUCCGCUCUGGGAAGAGAUUUCAAUAGCGAUUCAUCGGUUGGAGAAACGGCUCGC